GGCUGUCGGCGUGUGUCACAUCGUUUGUGCUCACCCCCACCGAACUCGUGAAGUGUCAAUUGCAAGUGUUGAACCAAGGCUCGGGCACAGCCAAACUGGGUGUAGUGGAUGUCUUUAAACGUAUUGUCCAGACGGACGGUGUCCUGGGCCUACAAAAGGGACUCACAGGAACGUUUAUCCGGUAUGUUUCAGGAGAGUACAUAAUUCAUAGACACAUAAAUAGACGCUAG